CGUCGUCGUCGUCGUCUUCGUCGUCGUCGUCGUCGUUGUCGUCUUCGUCGUCGUCAUUGCCGUCGUCGUCGUCGUCGUCGUCGUCGCCGCCACCACCGCCGCCGCCGCCGCCGUCGACGCGGUCGGCGGGAGGCUCUGAAACCGAGCGAGACCGAACGUAGUCGAUGGAGGUCGGAAACGCACGAACCUCGCGGCUCGAGCGACCGAACCAGCGACACGACCAAGCAGUGCGGUGCCGACUCUUGCUGCCGCGGUUUCAACAUCCGUGGUGUGCGUGGACGAGUGUUUACGCGACAGUAGACUUCUCGUCGAAACGAAUACAGAGCAAGGCGUAUACAGCGAAGGAUAGAGAAAGGAGACAGAGACGGGAUAGAGUCGGACACCGAAGACAAAGGAGAGAAGAGAGACGAAGAGAAGGCGCGUUCGCGGUGGAGUGUCGUAUCGUCGUAGCGAGCAGCGUACCGAGGUUUAGGAGCGGUACACGACGUCGCGUUAUCGAGAGCGAAAUAACGCGACUCGUCGUCCGGUUGGCGAGACGACCGAACGAACCAUCGACGCUCGUCCAGUGAAACGGAGAAAGAGGCGAGAGAGGGAGAAAAAGAAGGAGCGAGCGAGCGAGCGAGAGAGCGAGAGAGAAAGGCGGAAGACAGGGAAAAAAGAGAAAACAUUGUGCCGUCUUUAUCGUCCGGGGCGUGGGUGCAGCGAACGCGAAUCCCUCGGACGAGACCGCUUUGCCGCGAGCGAACGAGCAAGAGAAGCGAGAGCGAGGAAACGGACGAGGAGCGAAAGAGAUGGUGGAGGACGGAACGGAUCCGUCGCGAGAAUCGAGUCGUGUAGCCUUUUCUUUGGUCGGCGCGUCUUGAGCAGGCCGAACAACGGAAACCGUAUAGCACACAGUGGUAUCGUCGCUAGCGCGAAGUAAACGAGAUUCGAAGACGACGAGACCGAAGGAGAAACGAGAGGAGACGCGAGAGGAGACGCGAGAGGAGACGACCGAGAACCGGCAACGCGGAACAGGAGAAACUCUCGAAGAGAAGAAAGUUUUCGGCCGAGAGGGAUAUUCGGCUGUGGCUGAACCAUCGCGGUUGUGGUGGUCACGUGUAGCCGCGUACGGGUGAAAAUCGCGAGAGAGCAGCGUCUCUCGAAAAGGUCUGCAACCGAGAGUACAUAGUAUUCGUACACAGCUGGACACCGUGGGUCCGGCUAACGACAGCGGACCGUUUUUGCCUCUCUGUUUCUCGCCCUCGCGACAUCGCGGCUUUGGAUACACCGAGCCGACGUCAACAGCUGCCCGACGGAGGAUCGAGGCGCUGCCGAGACCGACCGUCGGAUAUCCUGGAGGACGAUGACGAUGGUGGUAAGGAGGAUCACGAGCGGUAACCGGAGGACGAGCAGCACGAGAGGACUCGAUUGAAUCUCGAUCGAAUCCGCUGCAACACGCGGCAAUCGCCGCCACCGCCGCCGCCGGAUUCGUCGUCGUCCGUCUCGCCUCCUUGCCGGCGACCGUCGUCGGCGACCGACCGGGUUCGCCGUCGGUCCCGUCGUCGCGACGGUACACGACAGUUUAACGUUCGACGCAGGGUGACACACAGUGCCGUAGUAGUGAGUGUUGGUGCGAGCAUAUUAGUCACGCGGGAUCGCGCGCGUUCUUUCUACUCGCGUUACCCUGCCGACGGCUCGCGUUCUCUCCGCGAAGCCGUCGGGGAGAGCGGUCCUGUCUGUCAGUUUGCUUGCUCGCUUGCUUGCUCGCUCGCUUGCCUGUCUGCCUGUACCUGCCUGCCCGCAUACCCGUCCGCCACCCGACUGCCUGCCUACCUGUCUACCUGUCCGUCUAUCGACCCUUCCAAUCUUUCUCUCGAACCUUGCGAUCCCGAGUAUCCCGACGUUGUUCGACGCCAGGAAGCGCGCUGCUUCGCAAAGACUGGCAAAACCGUCGGCAACCACUCUACCGGUCAUACCGUGCAGCAGCAAGUGGUAUCGAAUCUCGCAAGGACGCGACUCGUUCGCCAACGGACAAAUACGCGGUUAUUCGCUGGGAAACGCGGCCGAUAAUCAGCCAGGAUGCAGGUGGCAACGCUAUUUAGGGAGAGCGCCACCCUGUUGGGUGCCUCUAGCCUGGAUCCCCCGCAGACACAUCAUCACCAGGCUAUGCACCCGCAGCAACAACAGCAACAACAGCAGCAGCAGCAACUUCAACAACAUCCUGCCGACCUGCAUUUGGCUCAUCAUAUGCAGCACCACUACAAACUAUCGUAUCCGUCGCCUGUGCAAAAUGGUGGACCGAACGGCACCCCGAUGAAUUGCGCUGGUUCUCAAGGGGUGAUGGUAAAGCAGGAAGCGAGGGAUGACGGUUACGAGACAAGUCCGGACCUCGAGAUGAGGAGCACCGGUGGUGACAGCAGUCAGCAGUACCACACGCCACUGACACCGCACACACCGCACACACCACACACGCCGCACACACCCCUCACGCCGAUAUCGGCGACAGCGCAUCAACCCCAGCAACCUGGCUCGACCGCUUCCACCCUCGGACAGGUGGCGAUCAAGUGCGAGACUCCGGUGGAUCCGUACUCGUUCGUCGACGAGGAAAUGUCGAUGGGUGGCAUCAGGACGGCGAGUAGUCCGGUCGGCAAUCCGGAAAACAUGACGUGUCCGGCUGGAGGCCAAGGAGUGCUCUCUACACCUACGUCGACGCCGCCUGGAUCGCUAUCCGGACCGCAACAUCUUCAGAUGAACCUCGGCGUAAUGAACGGCAGCGUGAAUCCCCAGUUGGCGGCGCAACAGCCGAAGAAACGCGGCCGCAAGAGAAAAUCCGAGAUGAUUCUCACCCCCGAAGAGGCGGAACUAGCCGAGGCGAAGAAACGAGCAAAGACGUACAAGGAGAGAAAGAAGCACGACAGAUUCGACGGUAUGCCGGAAGAGGAAGUGAGCAAACGCGUUCUUCCAGAUCAUCUUACCAACAACCUGGACAUUAUUAUAAUUGGAAUCAACCCGGGACUGUUCGCCGCUUACAAGGGCCACCACUACGCCGGACCGGGAAACCAUUUCUGGAAGUGUUUACACUUAAGUGGUCUGACACCCGAACCACUGACAGCAGAUGACGACUACAAGCUCCUACGCUUCGGUAUCGGUUUCACGAAUAUGGUAGCUCGUGCCACUAAAGGCAGCGCUGAUCUAACGAGGAAGGAAAUCAAAGAAGGCAGUCACAUUUUGUUGGAGAAAUUACGAAAGUAUAAACCGAAGAUUGCCGUGUUUAACGGCAAACUGAUAUACGAGGUAUUCUCUGGGAAGAAGGAGUUUGGAUUCGGUAGACAACCCAACCUGGUGGACGGCACAAAUACGUACAUGUGGGUGAUGCCAUCGAGUAGCGCCAGGUGCGCGCAACUUCCACGGGCGGCGGACAAGGUGCCAUAUUAUGCGGCGCUCAAGAAAUUUCGCGAUUACUUGAACGGCACGAUCUCUCAUCUGGACGAGUCCGACAUAGUGUUCGCGGACUCGAAGCUGAAGAAGAAGGAACAGGAGGCGAUCGAGGACAAGAAACCGGCGUAUUGCGAGGAGCUUACGAACGAAGGAGAGAGCAGGAUCACCGACAUGAAUGGAACUGUCAUCAAGCAGGACUCAAAUUGCCAAAUACCUGGCAAGAAGAAAAGAGGCAGGCCAAAGAAGAUCAAGAAUCCGGAAGAUCAACCACCGCCCGAUCCCGAGAAAUUAGACGCGAACGGGGAAGUGAUAAAGAAGCGACGGGGGCGACCGAAGAAGAUUCACCAACAACAAAAGCAACAGGAACGGGAGAUCAGAGAACGAGAACAACAUCAGCAACAACAACAGCAACACCAGGGUAUGGGUCAUCUCGGAGACGGUUACGGUACCGUGGUACCCAAUUGUUUCUCUCCGCCGAAGACGUUCGCGCAUAUGGCUCCGUACCCUCAACCGAUGAACGAUUCUGGAUACUACGGCCAAGGCAUCAACGACAGUCCGUACAGUAUAAAUGCGAAACAGAGCCCGGUACAUUUACAGCACUACAGCCAAAGUCCGAAAUCCAUGUCGCUCUCGUUUACUCAUUCCGAUCUAUCCUCGGAGAUCAACACCGCGAUCUCUUCGGAGAACAAUUUAGAGCCUUCGCCAUUGACAUCUCCGAGCGUCGAACACCCGGACUUCGAGCCACCUACCAGUAUCUCUCAACAAAAUAUGAACAACGAUCAUCGUCAGUACAAUCCGGCCGGAAACGGCGACAACACGGGCCAUCACGGUAGUCCAGGAACGCCGUCUCAUCCGAGUUACACCAGCUACAUGGGUUACCACGAGCAAACCUCCGACCCCCACAAUCCCCAUCCCCAUCAGACCACGCCGACACCGUUGAGUCAAACUACCGACGAACAUUCGCAUCACUCGCAUCCCACUCCUCCGCAUACGCAUCCCCAUACGCCGACACACGCCUCGAUGUCGCCUCAUCAUCCGCACGAACAGUACGCCAUGAAAAGGAACGCCGGACAGGACGUGGCCUCGAAAAGUCUCAGCGACCUGGAAUCUCUAGUCGAUCAGAUACCGAGCAUAGCCGAUGGGGGUAGCCAACGUUUGCAACACGCGCAUCCCGGAAUGACCGACGAUGGAUCUUUGGCGGAAAAAAUGGAAGCGCAUCAUCAGUCUUAUUUGUCGGGAUUCUCCGGUAUGCCUAACGCUGGCAUGUCCAAUUACAGCCCUCCCUUGGCGCCUACCGGUGCGAUCUAUCCAUCUUCGUUGCACCAUUCUCCCAACGACGGUUACGGUUCUCUUUACGGUAUGAAUGGACGCCAACAUCAAGAUUCGCAGCAGCAACAACAACAACAACAACAGCAGCAGCAACAACAGCAGCAGCAGCAACAACAGCAGCAGCAGCAACAACAACAACAGCAUCAACAGCAGCAGCAACAGCAACAGCAUAGUAAAUCUUAUACGGUCGAAAAUCUAGCGUCUAGCAAUUACACGCCGAGUAUGAGCCACGGACAUCCUGGUAACUCGUAUCCGAAUAUAAUUCCCGGACCUCAUUAUCCCGUGCCGAUGGGAUCGACGAACGGGUAUCUUUUUGGUGGCCUUGAGUCAAGCUUGAUGCAACGCACCUACGGGAUGAGCGGUAUGAGCGGUAUGGGAGGAAUGCACCCAUCCCUCGGUCACAUGGCCAAUCCUUAUUCCUACAAUGGUUCGUAUUCUAGUUCCUUCGACGCCUAUCCGGCGCCGCCAGCAGGGAUUCACGCGCCCAGCGCCAAUUAUCCCGGCGGUUACGCGAGCGUUGGUAGCGCGACGCCAGGUACUUCUACGCCACCGUCUUACCUUCCUUCCCAUCACAGACCGUCGGUCGACCUCGCUUACGACGGUGUAUGAUAAUCGAUGUAAAGCUAUUAUUCGACGUACAUACGCGCACGCUCACACACACGCUCGCAUUCGCCCUCGCGCGCAUGCGCGCGCGCGUUUACACAAACACGUAUACAAAUACACACGCACAGAGACAGACGUACGGACAGACGGACAGACGUACAGACAGACGGACAUACAGACAUACAGACAAACGGACAGACGAACGGACAGACGACUGGCAAACAAGCAGACGAUUCGAGCGCUACGUUUAUCUUUUCUACGUAUUUUUACACGUUUAGGAUCCGCCGGAACGAUCGUCUCUUUCUGGCGCGACUUGCUACUGCGAUUUGCGCGCCCGUUUUUCUUCCUCUUUCUCCUUUCAUCGAUCUCUCCGAGCUUCUUUACGCUUUCCUCCGACCUCCUGUACCUUUGAUCGCGUGUUUUCGUAUUCACUCGGAACUCUUCCCUCUCCCGAUUUUUCCCCCUUCCUUUUCUUUUUCAUCCGGCUAGAUCAACGAUUACGCCGCGACUAGCAACGGGCGCACGGUUCGAAACCGCGACGGCAACCGCUAUGAGAAGGAAAAAGAAAGGGAAAAAGCCGGUUCUCGCACGCGCUACGCAAUCAGGCUGUCGAAUUAUGUAAAUGCGUUAAUAGGGUUUCGAAAGUGGCGUGCUCGUCCAGAUGCUAUUUGUCUCUUUUUCGCAGUGAUCGCGCAUCGAUCGUCGAUAAUGGGAAAAGUCGAACGUUGAAGUUUCGCUUCUUUCCAUCGUUUUCGAACGUUAUACUGUUACGCUUUUGUUAUUGUUGAAGAAUAUUCCGCUGUUUCGCUUCACUGGCAAACAUGUGCGAUCUGUUGCUGUUUCAACGAAUCGGUAUACAUUUUUCUCCGAACGUCGCUCGUUAAAACAUGCAAAAGUUUUACGUAUUUACGCGUGUAUUCGUCCUUAUUUUAUCCUCUUUUUCCGUUCCUUUCGUCGUAUGAGAGAAGGUAUGCAGUUUGUACGCGUCGAAUCGUUUACGUCACGUUAUUAACUGUAAUCGUUAUGUCCACGAGUGAGACUGCUAUUCGAUAAACGGUAGCGUUCGACCUUCGUGUUGAAGCAUUUUUUACGAACCAAUGGACGAAAUAUAUCCGAAUUAGCGGAAUAUGUAUACACGUUCGCGUUGAAACAUUGACCGGUAAUCGUAGCGAUGCGCUAGUCGCAAAAAUGUAAUUCGCGAAAUGUCGGUCGACACACUACCGAGAUAGAAAGUACGACUUUCGAUGAUAUUCCUAAAAGAAUUUGGAAAUAUUUUCUGUUCGCGGUGUAACAAAUGCGAUGUCGUAGGUAUACGACUGCUGCAUCCUAUACAGCUAUGUAUAUGCGUGCGUUACAGUGUAUGAUACGUUACAUCAAAGCAAUAGCGCAUACACGCGUGUGCACAUGAUUAAUUGCAAACUGUAUAUGUUUAAUGCGAAUCUAGUCAAUUCGAUUCGUUGAAUCGUGGCGGUUUAUCGCAAUCGACCGAGUAAUUUUACACACGGAUUAAGUCGGGAAAGAAAACUGACCUAUCGAUAGAGGUACUGAAUUUCGCGCGAUUUCCCUUCCGCUCGUACGGACAGAGAAGAGAAGAGACUGAAUCGCGAUCGACGUUAACCAAUCACAAACGAAUACUUCACCGAGUAGAUCGUAUUCUCGCGUAAUAGCCUACUUUCAACGUGUUAUUUUUUAUCGUCUGUAUUCCAACAUCAAACGGUGCGAUCUUCUUUUCGGUCGUCAAGUGACAUUCGUUAUAAUUGACGUUCGUUAUAAUUUCGCGGAUAUUUUUUAAUUUAAUCGGCAUACACGAAAGAGAAAUGGAAACGUGUAAAUGGUCGAAAGGUCUCGCGAUCUCUCUGUCUGUACGCGUUGGUCGAACGAAUCGCGAAUAGUUUGAGCGGUAAAAAAGUUAAAAAAAAAAAAAAGAAAGAAUUAAAAAACGGGAGAGAGAUGGGUCGCGAAAGAAAAUCUCUCGAUAGUCGAUUCGAUAGGCAUCCUCGCUUUCGUACCUCGCACUCGCUACAGCCAUAGCCAUAAUCGUUCUCGUUGCAAUUUGUUUAUCGAUUAAUGCAUAUCGGUUAAUCGUUGACUAUCGACGUCGCUGUGAAAUGUCAUAGGUUACCGUGAUUUUUAUAGUUAUCGCGUUAUGUUGUCUCUCGUUAAUUGUAUAUUUCAUCGCUGCGUUUCGAGUAAUCGAGAAUUACGGUGUUUUUAUCGAUACACGAUCACAAACAGUCGAUGUAGAUGUAUGCCAUAACCGACAUCCUCUUUUGUCGCUAAUCAAUGCUGUAAAAUUGCGCAUCUGGCAUGAUUAUACGCAAAGAAAUAAAUAUACGCACGCGUACGUGUACACGAUCGUACAUAAACAAGUGGAAAAGAAAGAGGAAGAAAGGAAGAAAAAGAGAAAGAGAAAAGGAAGAAAGAAGAUGAAAGAGAUAUACGUAUACGCGUGUACGCGUUCACGUGCCUAUACUUAUAGAAUACACAUACAAAGUAUAAAUAUUAUAUAUUGACUAUCUACGAUAAGCGAGAAACAUUUAUCGAGUAAUCACAUAGGAUGUGUUGAAACAUUUAAAAUGAUGCACAGGGUAUAGAUGAGAAAAUCGUUGAUAUAAUAACUGAUGUCUAUAUAAUGAAUGUUUCUUUUGUUCUAUCGGCCUCAAGGACACAAAGCGCGUACGAUCGACAAUUAAUCUAUGGUAGAUGUUUUUCAGAAUCCAUUCCGAUUCAAAGGGGACGGUUUUAGUAUAAGUGUCGUCGGUGUUAAUCGUUCGUCGAUAAUGAAACGAAACGAAGAAAAAAAUGAAGGGAAGAAAAAGAUGGAAGCAGGGAAACGGAAAUGAACGUAUACCGUGCCGAACGGAACGAACCAUCGCUACGAAUUAAUCGAUACCUUUCGAUUAAUCGAAUCAAUCGAUUGUAAAUUGAUCGCUAAGAAUUAAGUAUUAAGUAUAAAUAUAUUAUACAGAUUUAAGUGGUUUCGCUGUUGAUCGUAUCGAAUAAUAAUAAUAAUAAUAAUAAUAAUAAUUAUAAUAAUAAUAUUAAUAAUAAUAAUAAUAUUAAUAAUAAUAUUAAUAAUAAUAAUAACUAUAACAAUAACAACAACAACAACAAAAUAAUAAUAAUUAAUAAUUAAUAACAAUAAUGAUUAAUAAUAAUAAAACGAGAAAAAAGAAAGAAAAUCGAAAGAAAAGAGAGGAAAAAAUUUCGAGCGUAAGCGAGUAAGAGAGCUUGGGCCAAAACCGGCCUCCGACAUAUUUUUUAAUCGCUUGGAACCCUCUAUUAUUCUACCUUUUAAACUUAACGGUGUGAAUGUCCAGCCGACCGAUCGAUCGAUCGAUCGAUCGACCGAUCCGUCGAUUCGUGGCCGAAAACAGUAAUCGACCGCUCGCUCACUCGCUUCUAUCUUAAACCACACUUCUCUGUCAUAAUUCUCAUUAUCAGCGUCGUAUCGAUCGCUCGGAUUAUUGAGAUGUGUUCUAUAUCGACCAACAACGUACAAGUACUUGCGGAGUAUUUAUAACUGUUCGUACAACGCGGGAAAGAGGGGCAACGUAUCUUACGUUAUUCUUUGCAAUUUUUAUUUCGUUCCUCUUUUCCUGUAUCCCGUCCCCCCCCCCUUCUCUUCCUUUUUUACGUCACUCGUUGGAUCAACGAUUUCUCGCCUUAAAAUUGAUUCGCGAUAAUUCUUCAGACGCUUCGUUCGAAACUACAUCAUCCUUCCUUUCGCAUCCUUCCUUUUCCUUCGCCUUUAACGCUCGCUUUUCGUCUUUUCUUUUUCGUACUCGCUUUCUUUCUUUAUUUUCUUUAUCAUCGGAUCGGGAUUACACGAAAAAUCAAACUUAAAAACAUUUCAUUCGGAUCCUUUACACGUGCAACGAACUUGCAGAUUUUACUUAUAACUUUCAAACAAAGCAAACAGAGAAAAAUAAAGGAACCGAGAGCUCGGAGAGGACAAGGAAAGAAAGAAAGUAGGAUUCGAUCGUUCGUUCGAUCAACGAAUAAGAGUAGAACCAAUUCGAUAUAAAUAUUCGUUUUCUUUUUCAAUUUUUACUGCGAGUUCCAGCUCCUUUUGAUUAAUCGACAAAUUUUCUCCAACGAUCGUUGAUAACGAUUAAAUAACAUGCUUGGAAAUUCGAGUCGCUCGUAUUUUCGUGUAUGAUCGUUUUGCACGAAAAAAUGUUCGAUCGAACAAAGUAGCGAUAAUAUCGUACCGUGCAUGUUGGAACUGAGCAAUGGCGAAUGCACUGCAAACGCUCAUUUAAAUGCACACUGUUUUCUCGCUUCGACAAAUUCGUAACAUCCUUGCUGGUUGUUCGUUUGUUCGUUCUUUCGUCCAUUCGUGAUCUUCCAGAUACACGAAAAUUCGGGCUGUUUCUUUCAUUCGAAGGAACGAAUCGAUGUACGCUUAACGAUCAUAAACGUAGCAUAGUUGGAUUCGUAAUUCUAAAUGUUGUGUGUUGCGUUAUUUGCCAUGAAAGUCGGUCGGUAAACUAAACUGUACUCGAAAGGUGCAUCGGUUACCCAACGAUUUAUUUUUUACCAACCGUGCACACGAAUUCGAUUGCUGAUUCUUCGAUCGAAUGUGCGAUCGUCUCUAUUACCAAUAAACGAUACGUUUUUCUUCAAAACGAGGAAUACUCUUUAGAAUACACGUCUGUUUCGGUAUGCAGCAUAUUCUCUUUUGAAGAAAUAGAACGUCGCAUGUAUUCGAUUAUCCACAUCGAAUAUUCAAAAUUACAAAGUUCAUUAUCAAAUUUGAAGUACCGAUCCUCUAUUGGCUGUAUGUAUGUGUAUGUAUUGCUGCUUAUAUGUAUGUACACACAUGCAUAUACACAUGUAAAGCUUAAAGAGUAAUUCCAGUUCUUGUACAGAAAAAAUUAUCCGGGAACAUUUAUCGAUUCGGACGACUUAACGAAUUAAAAGACAAAGAUACAGAUUUCAAAUAAAUUCCUUUAUUCUACUUAAUUCAUAGUAUAUAAUUCGAAAUAUAGUGGUUCGAUCGCGACGUUCCACGAUCUGCAAUUCUUAACGAAAUGUGAAAUUCAAAAAUAAAAUAUUUGCUGUCACUUACCGUCGCGAAUAUGACUUCGAAGUUUGCCAGACUAACGUAUAAGAUUGAUGCUAAUUGUUAUUUCGUGUUUUCUCGACUCUUUCUUGAUUGCUUUGACUAGCUUUGCGUACACGUACAGAACGUAAUUUAUGAUAUCGAAUCUUUCCAGUAAAAGGAAAUCUUUAACAAUCUAUUACCGCUUCGUUAGAAUCCUGUUUAGCAUCCUUUCAACAAUCAUAUUGCAGUCAGUUUCGUUGUUACUGUCCAAACAUAAUUGUAACGAUAUUAUCGAGAGAAUGAUCAGUGUCGUGCAAAACCACCAUUGGAGAGAAAGAAAUACCGAAGUCGUCAGUAUGCGUUGAAUUGUGUGAUAUGUGAAUGAAUGAAAUCGCAUUAUGCAAUCCUUCUUGUAAAUUUUAAAUAUAACGAAUCCUGUGAAAACAUUUUUCUCUUUUUGGACUCACUUUACCUGAGUCAUUGGCAGUUUGUGUCAAAAAAUAAAUUGAUUCGUUAAAAGAAAA